GCCACCUUCUAGCUUCCUCGAACAACAACGACGACCACGACAAUGGCCUCUUGGGACUCGCUCUUCUUUCGACCGACGCGCGUGCCGCCCACGACGGUGGACAGCAAGUCCGUCCAGCUCUCGUUUCCUGCCCACGCGUCGCCCGACGACGAGGCCAAGCAGACGCACGGCUUUGUCGCCGUCGUGACGCUCGACAAUGCCGCUGUGCUCAAUGCGCUGACGCGCGACGAGAUCAUGCUCCUCAUUGCGACGCUCCAGUGGAUCGGCGAGCAGCCCGAGAUCCUCGUCGUCGUGCUCACGGGCCGCGGCCGCUUCUUUUCUGCCGGCGCCAACUUCAACCAGUCGGCCCGGAGCGCCGCGCGGCCGCCCAUCCUCGACGAGCUCGACCGCGAGGACCCGCGGCACGUCCUCGAGCGGCGCAAGUACAACCUCCAGCUGAUUGCGACGACGCAGAGCAUGCUCUGCCGCACCCUCGUCGGCCUCGACAAGCUCGUCGUCGGCGCCCUCAACGGCCCCGUCGUCGGCAUCAGCGCAGUCAUGGUCAGCUACUGCGACCUCAUCUACACCCACGACGACUUCUGGCUCGCAACGCCCUUUAGCUCGCUCGCCCUCGUUGCAGAGGGUGGCUCGACCCUGUCGUUCUCGAGAAAGAUGGGAAUGGGCAGGGCCCAACAGGCGCUGCUGGAGGGGCGAAAGAUGCCUGCAAAGGAGCUCCUCGAGGCUGGCUUUGUCAGCAAAAUCUUCGAGGCACCUCCCAAACCUGCUGGCGCGGACAAGCACUACACGCCGCCGAUCCUCGACUUGGUCCUGGACCACAUCAGGGACAGGCACCUGCCGCCAACGCUGGACCCCUUUGCGCUCCUCUACACAAAGCGCCUGAUCAGAGACGCCAACUACAAGCCCAGCAGCUUCGUCGAAGCGAGCGAGGCCGAAGCGCGAGGUGCAGAGGCCGUCUUUGAUUCCGACCGGGUCGAGAAGCAGUUCCUUAGGAUAUCGGGCGGUGCUCGUCACAAGCUGUAAUUCUCUUCUAAUGUGCUGCAGCCGUGCUGCUCGUUGUACUGUCUUGCCAAUGUGCUGGUCAAUGCAAACAAGCAAAUAGUCCUGUCAUGUUAUCGACGUGCAUUGAAAUCAUAGUCGAGACC